CUUAAAUACCAGCUAACAAUACUCUCGAGUCCAAACAUGGCAGAGAAAGCCUCUUUCCUCAGCGAUAGAAAUGACGAAAAUGGAAAUAAGGAGGAGAAGCUGGAGCGGGCCCCAGCCCUUUCUGAUGACGUCAUCUUCAACAUCCUCCUCAGGCUCCCACCUGAAUCACUACCCAACCUAAGGUUAGUAUGUAAGAACUGGUACAACGUCAUCUCUGACCCACUUUUCAUCGAGGCCCACCUCCAUCGAUCGGAGCCUGGAUUUAUCUUCCAAAAACGAAUUUCAAGAUCAAAAUGCAAGACCCAUUUCAUGGAAAUCAAAGAAGGUGAUAUCAAAGUCCAUGAUCUAGACUUGCAUUGCCCAGGCCGUAUAUGUGCUAGCUGCAACGGUCUUAUUUUGCUUGAAAGCAUGCUCAGUCUCUAUGUUAUUAAUCCAAUUUCAAAGCAGAGGAUCAUACUCCCUCCUUCUGAUUUAUCUUUUAAGUAUCCGCUCUCAUAUGAAAUCUACGGUUUUGGGUUCAAUUCAAUUACUAAAGAAUACAAAGUAGUCCAUGUUUGUGAAUACAAGAAAAGAAAAACCCCAAUCCCUCUUGGAUGUGAGAUUACGACCGUCGGUUCGGAUUCUUGGAGAGAGAUCGACGGUCCAUUUUUUGGGCUAACUGAAUUACGCAUUCCAAUCUCAGCAAGUGGGAUUUUGCAUUGGGCAAUUGGGAUGGAUUAUAUAGUUUCAAUGGAUGUGGGCAAUGAGAAGUUCCACAAGACUCCAUUUCCCAAUUGUAGCAGGAGAAGUUACCAUUUUCUUGAAUUGGGUGAGUUUCUAUCUUUUGCGAACCGCGAAUCGCCGGUCCAAAUCGAUGUGUGGAUCUUGAAGGAUUUAGAUGGUGGAGAAUGGAUUAAACAGCUUAGCAUUGGUGUGGAUUGUUUAGGGUCAUUGCUGUCGCAGGAUUUGCGUUGGGGCGGGUCGCUCGAUCCGGUUCUUCUUCUUGCUAGUUUUAGGAAUGGUGAGGUUAUAAUCUUUGAGUGCUUUGCUAUUGACAUUGGUGGAUUCUACUUAUAUGAUUUCAAGCUAGAGCGGAUAAUCAAAUUCGAUGGGAGCUGCGGCAUUCAGCUGAUUGCGAUGGAUACAUUGUCGUCUCCGAUUCAUGUCAAUAGUCUAGUCUCAUGCGAACCUCGCAACAAUCGCAGAUACUUGAGUAACUAAAUCAGCUUUAAUAUCCCAAAUUAAUAUAUAUGAUAUUCGACAGAAUGAUUGUAAUAAGUCUAUUGAAAUAUAUACUCUGGCUGAAAUAUGAGGAAACAUCCCAACUUCGGGAGAGUCACAAAUUAUGUAAGGAUCACAAAUGAGUGACUUAUCAAUGUUUUUUAACCAUUCGUUUUAAUGGCUAACGUUUGGACAGCUCGGAUCAUUUUAUCGA